AUGCGUCGCCUCCACUGCACUGUCAUCCUCCUACUCUCCGCCACCCGCCUCCUCCUGCACGCCGCCGUGGCGUCGCCGGCACUGCCUGACCCGGCAUCUCUCGAGCCGUCGCUGCUCUUCCCGUCGGCCGGUGCCUCCCAGGCGCAGCCCGGCGCGGCGUCCACCAUCCCGGCAUUCCCGGAGCAGUCCGAAGCCGCCGCUGCCUCCUCCGUCUGCCAGCUCACCCCAUCCCCACCGCUCCUCCCGGCCGUCCUCGCCUCCUGCAACGCCGGCGGGGGCGGCGGCGCGCUCCCGCCGCGGCUGCGGUGCUGCCCGGCGCUGGCGGCAUGGCUCUACGCGGCGUACGCCCCCACUGCGCUGGGAAGCGGCGGUAACUCGGAACGUCCCGCUGCGGCGGCCGACGUGUCGGACUUGCCGCUGCUGCCGGACGACGCGGAGGAGUGCGCGGGCGCUGCGGUGCGCGCGCUAAGAACGGCGGGAGCGACGCUACCACAGCCGCAGCCGCAGGUGGGCAGCAAUGGGACUAUCUGCGACGUGCCGUUCUGCUACUGCGGCGUGAGGCUGAGGCGGCCGGCGUGCCCGGUGCCGGCGGGCAGGGCUGCGAGGAGACUGGAGAGGGACUGCGCACGGCCGGGGCUCGCCGGCUGCUCUCGCUGUCUCCGGGCGCUGAACCUGCUGAGCUUCAGUGGAGAGAAGAACGCCACGUCGGCCAAGGCCAGGCAUGGCGGCGGGCCUCGCGAGCGUGACUGCCAGCUGAUGGGGCUUACCUGGCUGCUGCAGCGGAACGCCACGCGACACCGGGCCGCUGCUACGGCGGUCAUCCAGGCCAUCAUGGCGGCCGACGAGGCGGGUACCUCCGGCGCACCAGCCACGUGCUCGCUCCCCGUCGACGAUCUGCCGUUUGCUGUGGCGUCGUCGGAGAUCAAUGGCGCGGCGGUGCCUACGAUCGAGCGUCUCAUUCAGGCCCUGCUAGGCACCUCGGCAAUCAUCUUGUCCCUUAGCCUCUGAGUAACAUCUUGGCGUUGCAGCAAGGUUACCUAUUGUUGUUGGUAGUUUGCACCUCUGAUGUUAAUUAGUUCUUGGAAGUUAUUCAAGUUUUGAUGUUAGUGUUUCUUAAAGGCCUAGAGUCUAGAGUGUGGACCUCUUUACUGUAAUUAUAUGCAAUCAUGGUGCUAAUCUA